AUGUUGGACGAGUAUAAUCCACUUGCAAAGGCAUUUCGAAUGGCAAGGGACAAGUUUCAGGAAUCCAAUUACAUGUCAGUUCGUUUGAGAUUGAUUGGUACUCGAUCUCGAGAUGGAAGACAAUACAACUUACCAAUAUCAUCAGAAGUAGCUGCACUUAUAGUCAGUGAUGGAGAGCAGGCAAGGGGAAAUAGAGAUAUUAUUGUUGAGGAAAAAACUAUGGGGUUAAAAAGAAUCACCGAAUUGCAUCCAAGUUUUAUGGCGAUGCAAUAUCCAAUCAUAUUUCCUUAUGGUGAAGAUGGUUUUAGGGUGAACAUACCAAGAAAUGUGUCUCCAAAUCCAAGAAAGAGUAACGGUAAAAGAAAGUUUAUCAGCAUGCGGGAAUUCUAUGCUUUCAGAAUACAAAAUAGACUCAAUGAAGCGAAAACAUUGGUCAGUGCAGGUAAUUUAUUUCAGCAGUAUAUUGUUGAUGCUUUUGCUGCAAUUGAGGAAAAUAAUUUGAAUUGGAUUCGUGCCAAUCAGCAAAAGAUUAGAGCAGAAUUAUACAAAGGUUUGCAAGAUAAUGUGGUACGAGGUGAUACGACACCUGCAUCAGCAGGAAAACUGUUGGUUUUGCCUUCAACUUUUACCAGUGGACCAAGAUAUAUGGUUCAAAAUUAUCAAGAUGCAAUGGCAAUAUGCAGAUUCAUGGGUCCUCCUGAUCUUUUCAUUACUUUCACAUGCAAUUCUAAUUGGCCAGAAAUCAGCAAGGGUAUAAGUUUGAUCCCUGAUCAGAAAGUUGUGGAUCGACCUGAUAUCGUUGCACGUGUUUUUCACAUAAAAUUAGAUCAAUUGAUGAAUGAUUUAACACAUGGACAGCAUUUUGGCAAGGUGAUGGCAGCAUUAUAUACAAUUGAGUUUCAAAAGAGAGGGUUGCCCCAUACGCAUAUUCUGUUAUUCUUACAUCCAGAUGAUAAGUGCACUACACCAAGAGAUGUUGAUCGAAUCAUUUCAGCCGAAUUGCCAGAUAAGAAUACUGAUCCAAUAGCUUAUGAAACAGUUUUACAAUUUAUGACACACGGACCAUGUGGACCAGCUAAUACAAGGUCACCGUUAUACAGGAGAAGGGACAAUGGACGAGAAGGUAUUAAAGCUGGUGUGAAAAUUGAUAAUCGAUGGAUCGUUCCUCAUAAUGUUGAUUUGGUUGUCAAAUAUUGGGGACAUGUUUGUGUUGAAUUGUGCAAUCAGGGCAGGUCUAUAAAAUAUUUAUUCAAAUAUGUGAAUAAAGGAUAUGAUAGAGCCACUUUUGUCAUUAAGGAAAAUGAUGCAACUGAUGGACAGAGUGGAACACGAGUUGUUCGUGAAGUGGAUGAGAUAAAAAGAUAUCUAGAUUGCCGAUAUAUAUCAGCAUCAGAGGCUUGCUGGAGAAUUUUUGAUUUUGACAUCCAAUAUCGGAGUAUUGCCGUUCAAAGAUUAAAUUUUCAUCUUCCAAAUGAACAGCCAGUGCUAUUUGGUGAUAAUGAUCCUUUGGAUGAAGUAUUAAACAGAGCAGAAGAACAUAGUACAAUGUUCAUUGAAUGGAUGAAAACGAACUCCACAGAUACAUCUGCUCAACAGUUGACUUAUGCAGAUUUUCCUACACAAUGGACAUGGAAAAAGAAGUUGAGAAAAUGGGUUAAAUCAAUUACAUUUUCGCAAUUUUACUGUUAA